UCUAUGGUGAUUUGUAUAAAACACAUGAGAAAUACUGGUGCAGAAGGCAUAAUGUGAGUUCAUGCCCUCCCAUAGUACACACUGACUCAGCACAGGAGGGGAAAGUGUCAAUCAGAGAUGAUCUUGACCAGCGAGUCUUCAAUGUGACCAUGAACAAUCUGACAACUGCGGACUCUGGUUGGUACUCAUGUUUUGUAAAUAUCAGUGGAGCUUCAGAUGUUGGAGAUCAGAUUUACCUGUCAGUCACUGAAGGUGUGUCCACACUGAAACAGAUGCCUGUACAGAGAGGAGGAUCUGUCACCAUUCCAUGUUUCUAUGAUGACAGAUAUAAAACCCAUGAGAAAUACUGGUGCAGAGGGAAUAAGAGUUCAUGUACUCCCAUAGUACUCACUGACUCUCCACAGGAGGGUAAAGUGUCAGUCAGGCAUUAUCCUGACCAGCGAGUCGUCACUGUGACCAUCAACAAUCUGACAGCUGGGGACUCUGAUAAGUACUGGUGUCGUGUGAAGAUCAGUGGAGGUUCAGAUGUUGGGGAUCGGGUUAAUCUGUCAGUUACUGAUGGUCCUCCAGGGCUGUCAGUGGACAACCAGGAGGUGACAGGUGUGGAAGGAGACAGUGUCAGUGUUCAGUGUCGCUACGGAAACAAUAAAGGACAUAGGAUGUGGUGUAAGAUGGGGAGCUCCUGUGCAUCAGAGAGAUCUGGGAGUUUGGAUGGGAGACCUGUCCUGAUCAGGAAUGACACAGAAAAAAAAACCUUCAUUGUCACAAUGAGGGGACUGGAGAGGAAGGACACAGGCUGGUAUUGGUGUGAUGCUGGAAACCGGCAGAUUCCAGUUCAUAUUAUUGUCAAACGACUGGGCUUAUUGGUGCUGCUGUUGAUCAUCCUCAUCAUCACAUGGAAAGUGUGGUACAAACACAGUGAGUACCUGCUAAUGCAGAUGGUGUAUAAGUGA